ACGGCUGGGCGACAAUAGCGAAUCACGACAAAACAACUUCCCAACUCCCCGCGGCGAUACCUUUGGACACACAGCGAGCGAGUAACGAGUUGCGGAGCCCUUCUUCCACGGGAAGCGCCGUCCUAGACGAGACCCCAGAAAAGCAGACCCCGGGCACCUGGCGCUUCAUUCUUUCUUGUUCCACCUUACGCCAUCCACUCAUCCAUCCAUCGAUAUCUUCCUUCUCCUGUCCUUCCUCCAGUCAGCUACAUACCUACCCUUCCAUCUUAUCUCUCUUUGUUCACCUCUCCCGUCUUUCAUUCCAGCUGUACUAGGAAUCUAUCUACCUCUAUACCCAUACCCGUACGCCAUACUUUUUCCUCAAGUCCCUUAAUUCUUGCGCCAAGCAAACAAACACCAAAAAAAGUUCAACUGGACGACGUCAAGGAUAGGGGUUACUUAGCGCGAAACCGCCUAUCAUGGCCUUCCACCAACCGGCCCGUCAGCUCCAGCAACAACGAAAUCGCCUUCUCUCGAGCGAUGGCUCUUCAGCUGUCUUCUCGCCGCAACCGCCAGGUCUGGGCGAGUCGCAGACAUGGGUUCUCUUCACGCCCGGCACCGACGCCGGCACAACAGCUUCCUACCUCAGCGACUCUCUCCAUGAUGACCACCAGCAGGUGACACCCGGCCGGUCGCAGGUUAGCGACCUCGGUAGCUUCGACACCGCGGCCCGAUCCGACCUUAACUCGCAAAACCACAAUUCGGCACUGCCCUCGGAUUUUCUUGAGGAAAGCGUCGCGGAGGAAGAGGACGAGGAAGAGGAGGAUCCCGAGUUCGACAGUCUUGACAGCCAUCUUCCAGACUUUCGAACGCCCCUCGGGCAGUCGCCGCAAAAUUCGUAUGCGAUGCCUGUUUUCCCCAGCCAUGACGGCAUGGGUUCGUUUCAGUUCAAGCCUCCGGGUAUGAGCAGCGACAUCCAAGACAGACUAUACCAGUUCGAGCUACUCAACCCCAACCGCAUUCAGCGCCGUAAUGAUGCGCUCGAACAGAUUCAUAUGGAAUACGGUGGCCAAGAGGUGGAAGAUAACGAGCGCAACCGGAGGAUAGAGGCAUGGCGGCUAGAGCAGAGCAAGCUGCUGCUUGAGAGAAUCAGGAAGGAGACAAGGAGAAGGCAAUCGCAGAAUUCGCUACGCACCGCAAACUCCGCCAUGAGCGUGGGCGAUAAGGCCGCGAGCGUGUUGGACCAGCUCGAGCAAGACGAUACGGCAAGCCUCGCAAGCGAUGACUGGCAUGAUCACGAUGACGAAUACAAGGCCCAGUCCGCCAGCACAGAAACACUCAAAAAAGAGGCAACCAACGAGGAGCCAAGCGAAGGGAUAAUAGGCCGCACAAGAGAGGCAAUCUGCAACCUGAUAGGAGUCGACGACAGGCUACUCGCAAUUCUCCUAGGCGAAGCCCUCCCUGACGAGGAAGAGCUGUCCACUACGCCUACGGCAUCCACGACUAUGAAUGUCGACUCACAGGUGAAGACGUCCGAGGAUUCGACAUGGCAGUUGCGCAUGCUAAACCGGAUAGCGAAAGAACUCGGGAUGCUGAUUCACCAACUAUCAACCUCUCCCCACCCCGGCGCGUUUUCCACCUACACCCGGGUCCAGCAAAUGCCCCUCCCAUACGCCGGCCUACCAGUUAUACCCGAGACCUCGGCCGUUACCAACAACGAUUCUUCGUCCAAGGAUAGUCUCCGCACAGGCAGUAACGUGGUGUCCAACAUGCCCCAGUUUCAACCGACCAUCACCCAGCCCGUCACAACCCCUACCGACUCCGAACAAGGACAGGCUUCCGCUGCCAUCCCCGCUCCUUCAGAACUUACAUCCUCCAAACUUACCACGUCCACCGGGCCGGCCCCGUCCGACGUGACCUCCACAACAGGGGGAGCACUACCCACCACCGCCUCUUCUCUUCCCCAACAACAACAACAACAACAACUAACCUUCACCCAAGACGAAUGGGAACAAGAGCUCGACAUCGGUCUCAUAUUCCGCUACCUCCGCUCGCGCUUCUCCCCUUCCUCCCGGUCCCCCUCACCCACCUCCUUCUCCGGACCAACCCUCACCCCUCCCUCCUCUUCCAUCUUUGCCACCGCUUCUACCGCCGACCUAGCAGCCAAAGCCGCUCGCGUAAGACAACACCAUCCUCUGAUGUCCCACCAUCGUCGCCCUCACCACGCCCCCGCUACGCGCAGCUUCAAAGUCAGCACUCCUUCCGGCCCCAGCAACAUGACUUCCCCCACCAACGCGGCGGCAGCGGCGGCGGCGGCCGUGGUGUCGGUGAUGAGGCAGAGGGCAGGGAGCUGUGCUAGUCAGAGUACGCAGCGGAGCGCUACUAGGACGACGGGGCGAGGGAGUGUGAAGAGGAGGAAUAGCGGGGCGUCGACGGCCACGGGGAGGGUGAGUCAUGGAAGUAGGCAUUAUUGGGAUCUCUCCAAGGGGCCGGGGAGUGUAAAGGGCGGGAGUGUGGUUGCGGGAGCAGGAGGGGGGAUGGGGAGUUGGGGGGAGGUUUGAAGUGGGAUUGGGAGUGGUAAUUAAUGAAUGUGCAUUGUUGGGAGGGGGCAGAUAAGCUGGGUAUUCCUUUUUUUUUGGUUAUCAUUGGGGUCGAUACUGUAUAAUAGAAAGUAAUAUGGGUCAGCGGGGAGUUUUUGGUUGAGGUUUAUGGCCUAGGCAGGGCGGCCUACGGGGAGAAGAUGAGGCGAAACGGGGCGGCUUGGGAAGAGGUACAUUGCGUUUUUGCAUAUUGGCAUCACAUCACAUCACAUUACAUCGUCACAUUACAUUGCAUUGCACUAUAUCAUGUAUCGCGGGUAUCUGUCUGUCUGUCUGUCUGGCUUCAUUUCUUUGUUGUUAUAGUCUUGUUUCUUGGGCAUGCCCUGGGAGAAUAGAGCCUAUCCAAAACCUUGCAUGAGGCUGUGUUAUUGUUAUUUUGAACAUGUACUUCUGCCUCGCGAGGGGCAUGAGACGUAAUAAAUCCUGG